AUGAUAGGUGAAAGCAACCAACAGCAGACUAUAUUAUCGCGCCAGCCGAUGGAAGGAUCUAAUAAUAGCGAUGCGUUGUCUGCCUCAACUGUGGUCGUUCCGAAGACUAAGGAUUUAGAGCCUGUCCAGUCAUCGGUGUCACUUCAAUUAAUUGACGACACUAAGCAUUUCAACGAAGAUCUUUUAUCUUAUAUACAAAACUAUUCCGAUGCCAAUGAUAAUAGGGGGCUUAAUUAUCACAUUGUCUCUGUCUUUGGCUCUCAGUCUACUGGUAAGUCUACUUUGCUUAAUCGGUUAUUCGGUACCAAAUUCGAUGUUAUGGACGAGCACAAUAGGCAGCAAACAACCAAGGGUAUUUGGUUUUCUCAUGCCAAUUACAUAUCCAGUGACAUGGAACCUUCUGGUCGUCAUCCAAAUUCAAAGCAUAUUUUUGUUCUUGAUGUGGAGGGAGUGGAUGGUCAUGAAAAAGCUGAUGACAAGGACUUUGAGAGAAAGUCAGCCUUGUUUGCUUUGGCAUCCACUGAAAUCUUGAUUGUUAACAUCUGGGAGCAUCAGGUGGGUCUUUAUCAAGGUGCUAAUAUGGAGUUGUUGAAGACUGUAAUGGAGGUGAAUUUAUCUUUAUUCCACGGUAACAAACAGAAGUGUCUUCUUCUUUUUGUUGUUCGAGAUUUCACUGGUGUAACUCCGUUGGACAACUUGACACAAAGUUUGCGGUCAGAUUUGGAUCGCAUCUGGUUGGAAUUGAACAAGCCCGAUGACUGUAAGGAUGAGAAGCUAAGUAGCUACUUUGAUCUAGGCUUCUUUUCAGUAGCCCACAAGCAUUUUCAGCCGGAGAACUUUGAAACAGAUAUCAGGAAGCUCGGAGAUGAAUUCUUCGGUGACAACAGGCUCUUUAAACCCGACUAUCAUCGUGGUAUUCCAAUUGAUGCAUGGGCCAUUUAUUCAUGCCAGAUUUGGGAGCAAAUUGAGCUUAACAAAGAUUUGGACUUACCCACACAGCAGAUUUUGGUGGCAAGAUUCAGAUGUGACGAAAUUUCAAGCCAAGCUUAUGAAAGCUUUCAGAACCUGUUUAACGGAAUCGGGUUCAGUAGCAUAAAGGAAACCAAUUCUGUUGUGGAGAAUAUGAACGAGUUGCGAAAUACUGUUUUAGAUGAGUAUGAAUCGCAAGCUUCCAGGUAUCAAGUAUCCGUUUAUGAGGAGAGAAAGAAAACUCUUCUGGAGAAAGUGGACCUAAAGUUGAAUAAAGUAGCAAGCGACAAAUUGGAGCAGUUAUCGAAGCGUUUGCUAGCACAAUUUGGUGAAUCUGUCAUUAACACUAAGCGUUCUAGCAAGAGCAGAAACAAAAGAUUUGGCGAUAUUCUAAAUGACAUCGUCGAUGAAGAUUCCAAAAAGUUCGAAGAAGAAGCGGGCAGUUACUGUAUUUCAGAGAAUUUCAACUUUGAAAAGCACAUCUCUGGAUUCCAUGAGGCAUUGAAUGAAGCCAGUGAAUUACUAAAAUUGAAGGAGAAAGAUAUGCUAGUCUCAAGGUCGACUAAGAGGUUUCAAAGUAAAUUGAAAGAGAUUCUUAUCGAGCUUUUAUCCGACCCCAAGGAGAACACUUGGGACCAGGCUCUUGAGCAAUUUCAUCUAUUUCAAAGUGCAUUUUUUGAUAGAUACAAAUUGGAUGAUGGGAAGGGAUAUGAUCUGAGAUUAGGAUUGAGCGAGCAAGCCAAUGAGGCUACGGUUACAGAAAUUCAAAGGGCUUUCUGGACCAAGUUUCGGGAUAUCAUUCAUGACUUCAUGUCUGAGGAUACUGCUGCUCGGAUUCUUAGAAAUAAGUUCGAGGAUGAAUUCAAGUAUGACGGUGACGGAAUUCCUAAUAUGUGGCGAAAUGUUACCGAGAUCGAUCAGCAAUUCAGCAAGGCCAGGGCUAACACGAUCUCGUUGCUUCCUAUCUUAAGUGUGGCCAAAUUAUCUGUCAGUGGAGAAGAAAUCAUUCCUGAUAUUGAUAUUUCGCAUGAUAAUGACACAGAAGAAGAACUCUUCCUUGGUGAAACUGAUAAUUUAGAGCCAUCUGACAAAUCUCACUUUUUCGGGCAUCUUCUCACCACCAGCCAGCAGAAUAAAGUGUUGCAUAAGUUGAAAAAAGAAAUCGAUGCAAUAUAUAUUGAUGCCAAGAGAUCCGUCAUCGCCAAUAGAACCUCAAUUCCGUGGUGGAUGUAUGCACUUGUUGUUACUCUAGGAUGGAACGAGUUUAUGGCUGUUUUGCGUAAUCCAAUGUUGGUUAUUAUGAUCGUUGUUGGUACAUCUAUCCUUUUUAUUGCCUAUCAUAUGCAGAUGCUUGGGCCUAUGGCUAGUGUGGGUCGUGUCACUUUGUUACAGGCAAGGACGGUAGCUAAACAGAAGCUGCGAGACAUUCUUUUCGAUGAAGAACUUGUCUCUGUUAAGGAAGCUAACGAAGGAAGCUUGUUCGAUGAAAAGAAGAAGGACUUAUGA